GACCGCCUACAACGCUUAAGAAAACGUAGAAGAAGAAGAAAGUUCCGCCCUCCGACCGCAGAGUAAAUUGGGCGGGUCGAAACCGAAACACAUUGGACACAUAUAAACCAGCAGACGCUUUUGUUUCUGUCUGUUGAUCCUGAGGGGCAGUAGUGGGAACCAUGGCAGAGGCAGACCGACCAGGGAAGCUCUUCAUCGGCGGCCUGAACACUGAAACUAGUGAGAAGGUCCUUGAAGCGUAUUUCAGCAAGUUUGGCAGAAUAUCAGAAGUUCUGUUGAUGAAGGAUCGUGAAACGAACAAAUCUAGAGGCUUUGCAUUUGUAACUUACGAAAAUCCCGGCGACGCAAAAGAUGCUGCGAGGGAAAUGAAUGGAAAGCCCUUUGAUGGAAAGCCUAUUAAAGUGGAACAGGCCACAAAACCUCAGUUUGAGUCUUCAGGACGCCGUGGUCCGCCUCCAUCACGGAGUCGUGGCUCUUCCAGAGGUCUGCGAGGGUCUAGGGGAACAUCAAGCAGAGAACCCUUUUUUAAAGGCAUGUCAUCCAGAGGGCCACCGCCACUGAAGAGAGGCCCCCCAGUGCGGAAUGGAGGACCCCCACCCAAGAGAUCUGCACUGUCUGGGCCAAUGGGAAGAUUGUCCAGAGACAGGGACCCAUACGGCCCCCCUCCUCGCAGAGAUUCUCUGAUGUCACGGCGUGAUGAUGGUCCUCCACAUCGUGAUGAUCACUACAGUAGCAAAGACAGUUACUCCAGCCGUGACUACAUGAGUUCACGGGACAGUCGAGACUAUGCCCCGUCACCACGUGAUUACCCAUACCGGGAGUAUUCGGGCCAUUCCAGUUCUAGAGAUGACUAUGGGUCGGGAUCCAGAGGUUACAGUGAUCGAGAUGGUUACGGUGGAGGACGAGAGCCCAGGGGUUACAUGGAUCGGCCCAGUACGGGCUCCUAUAGAGAUCCUUACGACGGUUACGGUAACUCACGCAGCGCCCCACCCUCAAGGGGUCCCCCUCCGUCCUACAGUGGGAGUGGCGGAAGCAGUCGUUAUGACGACUAUGGCAGCAGUUCCAGGGAUGGAUAUGGCGGUCGUGACAGUUAUCCCAGCAGUCGGAGUGACCCGUACUCCACUAGUCGUGGUGACCGUCCGGGUAGGCAGGAGCGAGGGCCACCCCCUCCUCUUGAGAGAGGCUAUCAUCGCGAAUACAGCAGCUCGAGUCGUGGGGCGCCUCGAGGUGGUGGCCGCGGCGGUCGGCCAGAUAGAGGAAUGGCCCGGAACCGAUACUGAGAUGGACUAUGAUGUGGA